CGAAUUCAAAUACAAUCUUAUAAACUAAAUCGUGGAAUUAUUUAAAAAAAUGUUACGUCAACGUGUAUUAUUAAGAGAUGAAGUAUUGUUCCGGAUUUUAAAAAGUAAAAGUCCAACUGCAAACAGGAUAUGUGGCAAAUUGAACCACAAUGUGAAAAACAUUGUCUUAUUAUCAGAAGAUGAACUUUGUGAACUUUGGCAACAUGUGAAAAGUAUAUUGUUUGAAGCUAAAAAGUUGUACACACGGUCAUCAAACAAUGAUAGGUAUACAAAAGAAUAUAGUGUGAUGAUCAAAUUAAUACGUUCAAUAACUGCCAUAACACUUGAGACAAUUACACAACGAAUGUUUAUACCUAAUCUUCUAUUACAAAAUGUAAUGUUGUUACAUUCUGUUAUAUUUCCUAAUAUAAAAAAUGAACAGGUCAAGAAUGAAAUAUCAUGUCUUCUGGAAAACUGGUGGAAAUUAGACAUGAUAUGGAAAGAGAAAGUGAUAACAAAUGCUUUAAUAUACCUCAUCCAAAACUGUAAAUCUUCAUUGUUACAUGUAAAACGUUUAUAUGAGAUAAAGUCUAGUAUUAUAUUAUUAAAAUCUACUAAAGAUGUACAAGAAUUACUUAAACUUGUUAGAGAGAAUACUGUAAUGUCAUUUGAAGAAGGUCGGAUGUUGUUACUACACUUGUUUACACUUGGGGAGCAAUAUAUCUUGGGAAUCCAUAAUAAUGUGAAGGUAGUACUACAAGAUAUUGGACAUAAUUAUAUUACCAGAUAUGCAGAUUUAUAUGUUACAGCGUGGGUGAAUACGUCGAGAAAAUUGAAAAAAUUUAUUGUUGAAAAUUGUUUUCAAGAUAUUAUUUUUCAUUGUUUUCAUACACAUAGAGAUUCCAGGGGAAGGGGGAAACUCGGCAAAAAUCUGCUUUCAUUUUUGACUGCUAUUCAUCAUAAUAAAAAUCAAACAGUAAGACUAAUGAUUCAUAGUCAAUGUAAACCUUUACUUUGGAAGCAUUUAAAGGCACCUGGUUCUUACACUAGAUGUAAUGCAAUAGAAAUUCUUUUCAUUACAAGCUCUAUACAUUUUACGUAUGCUAUACAAGCUAAAUAUAGAACGUAUCUUGAAAAAUAUUAUGAGAUGAUAACCGAUCUUCUAAAUGAUUCCGAUUAUGAAGUUUGCAAUAUUACCAUGACCGGUAUUUUCAAAAUGUUAGAAAAGUAUUGGAAUCAUAUUCCAAACAGCUACAUUCACAAUUGGUUAAACAUUUUACUACGUUAUACAAAAAAUUCCAGCAAUUCUGAAAUGAGAGCAAAUGUUUUCAUUGGUUUAAAAAAUGUAUUAGUUCAUAAACGAUCACAUAAGAUAAUUAAGGAUUUUCUACGAAAUUUUUCAUACAGCAUUUACGAUAAAGACAGCGCGGUACUAGAUGCGCUAAUCAAACUUCUUUGGCACGUACAAAAUCAAUUUGAAAUGCCGUUUUGGAAUAUAGUACCUUUAACGUACAUUCUUGAUCGCUUAGAGACUACUCAAAAUAUAUUUUUAUUGCGUGAAUUAAUAAAACUCACUUGGUCAUGUAUAUCGUUAAAUAGUGCAGAUUAUAGUCACAUGACAGAUGAAAUCACACACGUAGGAAUGACAAAUUUAAAUGCUAUUAGAAGGUUUUGUCUUCACUCUACAUCUGUUAUAAACUGCAAUCAGUCGGUGAAAAUUAUUGAAACCAUUUUAUCUAUAAUGAAAGAGGAAAUGCAAUGCUUAACUUUAAAAAAAAUAUCGGAAAAAGACUGCAAUAAAAAAUUGAAGCUCAAUAAUGAAGAAAGCAAUUGUAAAGAUGUGAAAUAUAUAAACGAUUUCGAAGAAGAUCUCGGUUAUAAAGAAAUGCAAAUAUAUGUCGAUGUUAUUGCUAUAUUGUUACUAAAUAACGUUGAGAACAUAGAAAAAGGGAACUUCAACACAGAGAAAACAAAUAUUUUGCAAGUAACUGCAAAUAUAUUGCCGGAAUUUUUUAAGUAUUUUGAGGGAACUUCAGUAAAUGAAUCGAUAAUAUUUUUAUUCUCAGUCAUACCUCCAAAGUUUUUCCUAAACUUUAAUGAAAUUGCAGAAAUGUUAGUACAACAACUGUAUGAUCCCAAUACUUGUGAUGAUACAGUUCUUACAAUUAUAUAUGGUCUCAUGAAGUGGAAUAAAGGAGACACAAUCUUAUUUGCAUUGACGAAUGUUUUUGCGAAAUCUUUAGAUAUAAAUCCGCAACAUAACGAGAACCCUAUUGACUCAGCUGUGUUUAAAAUAGAUGAGCAAGGUUUGGAAUUAAGUUUACGUAUUUUGAAACAUUUGCUACAUGUCGAGCAUCAAUCGGUUCUAAUAAAUAAGUAUCAUGAAAAUCUACUCGGGUUUUGGAAAAAUUUAGAUAGAUUAAAAAUUUUUAUUGAAAAAGAAUUAAGCAACGACUGCAAUAUGAAUGGCGUGAAAUCCAAAGAUUUAAUUGUAACAUUUUUUAAAGAGUAUGUAUCGAUGACCUCUUUGUUACAUAAAGAAGAUGUGUUUGAUGCAUCACAACAUUUCUCAGAAAUUUUGUUAUGGGUUAAAAGGAUACUGAUACCACAUAUAUCGCACAUAGACGUGGAUACUAUAGAGAACUACUCCACUUGUAUGGAUUUAAUAAAAAUUACAUUUGAUAUCUCAAAUUUAUUACUAAAAGGGUGUAAUAGUACCCCAAAAUUAUGUUGCGAUAUCGUACUUUUAUAUUGCCGUUGUUUAUCUACCGAAAUCGGUGUGGCUUUCCUGAAUAAUGCAUUUAAUGCAAUAAUGAUUGCAUUAGAUUUUAGUAAAAUAGCUUACGAAAAUCAAGAACCAAAUUUAAUAAAUAUAGUUGUACCAAAUUUUGUAUAUGUUACAAUGAUUACUUUAACUAAAUGUAAAAAAGAUAUUCUAAUUAAAUAUACAAACAAUUUGAUAGUAUUGCGCGAAUUGACACAGAAGUACUUUUCUAUAAUUAAAAGUAUUUUUAACGAUCAAGACAUGUGUCUCCCAUAUAUAACUAUUAUGCUUAAUGUUGCAAUUAGCAGCAUAAGCACAGAGAUGACUCGUCUACUUCAAAGUACAACUACUGUAGAAAAAAGUAUUUUAACUAUGACUUUCCCUUAUUUAGCGAAGAAAAUAUUAAAAAUUAUUUUAGACAUAAAAAAAUACCAAAAACUAAGUAUACAGGUAUUAACGGGAGCAAUAACUAAUUAUACGAGAAUUGACAUGCUUUCCGCGUUAGUUGUGAUACGUCGGAUGCUCAAAUCAUCUCAUAAAAAAGUUAUCAAUAAACUUAAAAAUAUAACACUAGCAUCCAAAGCACACAACCAGAAUCAGUCUUAUUACACUUCAUUUGAUAGAUCCAUAUGUGAUGCAACUAAUAUAGUUAUAGAUGCAAUACUAAACCGAUGAUAAAUAAUGUAUUAUUUAUUUAACAAGAGGCGUAUUUUUAAUAUGUAUAAGAUAUGUAUAUGUUAUGUAAUUAACAAUUUAAGCAGAUG